AUGCACUUUCAAAUGCUGCAUCAACUUAAUGCUCGCGUACUUACAUGUUUACGUAUACGAGCUGGUCAUGCUCGUUUCUUAUCAUACCAUAAAGUGUAUGAGAAUGCUGACACUGCCGUUGGCGAUAUUCCAUCAAGGUCCACGCUGAUCGUGGGCGGGUUUGGGCUUUGCGGUAUUCCAGAAAAUAGUAUCCAAGCAUUGGUAAAACAGGGAGCCAAAGAUUUGACGGUUGUAUCAAAUAAUGCAGGUGUAGACGACUUUGGGCUAGGACUGCUGCUUCAAACACGUCAGAUUAAACGAAUGAUCUCGUCGUAUGUGGGAGAAAAUGCACUUUUUGAGAAACUUUAUCUGACUGGGGAGCUGGAAGUCGAACUUACACCGCAAGGAACACUUGCUGAACGUAUUCGAGCUGGUGGGUGUGGAAUUCCAGCGUUUUACACACCAACGGCCUAUGGGACCAUCAUUCAAGAAGGAGGAUUUGCGAUCAAACUCAAGUCAGAUGGUUCGAUCGACAUUCCAAGUGCUCCACGAGAAGUUCGGCAGUUUAAAGGCCGGAAUUACGUGAUGGAAGAGGGAAUCACGGGCGAUUUUGCGCUCGUCAAGGCGUGGAAAGGAGAUACCGACGGCAAUUUGGUGUUUCGAGGCACAGCGCGCAACUUUAAUGCUGAUGCAGCCAAAGCUGGUCAAAUUACGAUAGCAGAAGUGGAGGAGCUGGUGCUGCCAGGCGACAUUCAUCCAGACGAAGUUCAUUUGCCGGGCAUCUACGUGCAGCGUAUUUUCAAGGCCAACACGAUGGAGAAACGAAUUGAGAGACUCACUCUUUCCAAUGCAAAGAACUCGCAGUAUAAAAUAUCACCAGAUCGUGAGCGCAUUAUCCGCCGCGCAGCUAAAGAAUUGAAAGAUGGAAUGUACGUAAACCUGGGCAUCGGUUUGCCGACGCUAGCAUCCAACUACAUACCGGACGGAGUCAAGGUAAUCUUACAAAGUGAAAAUGGGCUCCUGGGCAUGGGGCCAUAUCCCAACGAGGGCGCACAAGAUCCGGACUUGAUCAACGCUGGCAAGGAAACUGUAACGUUUUUGCCAGGUUCAUCCACUUUUUCAUCGUCUGAAUCAUUCGCUAUGAUUCGUGGCGGUCAUGUGCAUCUUACGAUCCUUGGUGCGCUUCAAGUUGCAGAGAACGGCGAUUUAGCAAAUUGGAUUAUCCCGGGUAAAAUGGUGAAGGGAAUGGGUGGUGCAAUGGACCUCGUUGGAAGUGGUAAUCGUGUCGUAGUUACAAUGGAGCAUAAUGCAAAGGGCGGGGCCAAAAAGAUUCUCAAAGACUGUUCUCUACCACUUACUGGUAAGAACGUUGUGAACACUAUCAUUACAGAAUUGGGAGUUUUCGACGUGGUAGAUGGCAAAGGCCUCGUGUUGAUUGAAAUUGCACCAACCGUUACAGUGGAUGGUAUUCGUGAGCGUACAGAGGCAUCUUUUACGGUUGCGUCAGACUUGAAGUCAAUGGAGUAG